UAUAGAACCCAACCAAAUUGCAUCAUCUUUUUCCCAUUUCACUUGCCAUGGCUUCAGCUUCCUCCAAAGCACUAUCAAUCCCUUCCUCAUCCAUCCUCGUGGAUGCCAAGGCUCCUCGUCAAUCGACUACUGCAUCGCCUCCGUGUGUGACUCUUCCUCCCCCACCGGUUCAAUCCCAGAGUCGGGCCCGGAAGACCACUGCUUACUGUCGCAAGAUUGCUCGAAACAUGAUGGUUAUGGCCACGGGUGAGGCUCUUGCAGCCCGUGAAGCUCCGGUGGAACUUGUACCAGCUGAGCUGCCAGAGUUUAUCAAGACAUUACAGAAAACCUGGGACAGAGUUGAGGACAAGUACGCAGUGAGUACACUUGCCGUAUCAGGUUUGGUUGCCGUUGUCGGUUCUGCUGGAUUGGUCUCGGCAAUUGAUAGGCUUCCUUUGAUUCCUGGAUUAAUGGAGGCCGUGGGUAUUGGCUUCAGUGGGGUAAGCUUAAACUCAAUUUAUCAAAGCUUUGACACUCAGAAAUCCUCAUUUUUCUUAGACAUUUGUGUUAUCUCCUUGCAGUACUUCGCCUACAAGUACCUUCUUUUCAAGCCAGACAGGGACGCUUUGUUGAAGAAAGUAAAGGAGACAUUCAAGGAAAUACUUGGAAUCAGCUAGAGGAAAAUGGUUACUGGUUAAGGAAAAUGAUGCUGCUGAGAUGUGGAAAUGACUUGAAAAUCUGAAGCCCAAUAUUUGCAGCAUCAACAUGUGCCCUUUGCCAUUGUCAGCACAAAAUUCUAACGAAAGUAAUCCAGCCAGUGUAAUUUGGUCUUGUAGUGGGCAAUUGAGAUACAUUUUGUACUUCUA